UGUAUACUCAUAUGAGAAACAUACAGAUGUAGUUAUCUUACCAAAUAGAGUUACAAAUUAAAAAGCUUACAAAAAUUUAUCUAAAGAAUUCUUUGUUAUAGAAAUAAAAAUGUCUAAUUUAAAGGCUUCACUUCGACUGCAUUAAAAAUUAAAAAAUGAAGUCCUUCUGGAAAUUGUUCAUUGGGUUAUUUUUCACUUUAUUGUUUGGAAGAUUUAUUGAAGCUUCAAUUGGUGAUAAUACUCAAUUUUUCCAAAAUUGUAAAAGGAAUUGCGAAAAUAAUAAUUGCACUAAAGAUUUCUUAAUAAAACCACAUGCCAUUGAUUAUUUCAAACAGUCAAUGUUUGAUAAACUACUUGGCUGGACAUGUAAUGAUGAAUGUCAGUACGAUUGUAUGUGGAGAACGGUUGAAGCUUUUAAAUCACGCAAAUGGAAUAUACCUCAAUUUUAUGGCAAAUGGCCAUUCGUCAAAUAUUUGGGAUUGCAAGAACCAGCUUCAGCUAUAUUUUCGUUAAUGAAUUUAUUUUCACAUUACUUUCUGUUAAAAAAAUUUCAAUUAGAAGUACCGAAAGAAAGUCCUUGUUAUAAAUUGUGGCAUACGUUCUCUAUAGUUUGCAUGAACGGAUGGAUGUGGUCAACAAUAUUUCAUGCUAGAGACUUUCCUACAACAGAAUUUUUAGAUUAUAUUUCUGCAUAUUCAAUUGUUCUCGUUAAUUUAUAUUGUUUUUUUAUUCGUAUGUUACACAAAAAAUCGUUUAUUUUGAAAGGUGUUAUAACAGCAGGAACGUUGUCAUUUUAUAUAAAUUAUUGUAUGUAUUUAAAAGUUGGUCGUUUUGAUUACGGAUUUAAUAUAAAACUUAAUAUUAUAACUGGGGCUUUUGCUGGUGUUGGUUGGUUAGUUUGGUGUUUUUUAGUUCGUAAAAAUAGACCUUAUUUUAAGAAAAUCAUGUUGUUUUAUGUUUUAUUAGCGUUAUUUAGUGGUCUUGAAGUAUUAGAUUUUCCUCCACUUUGGUGGACUUUUGACGCUCAUGCAUUAUGGCAUUUGUCUAGUGUACCAUUAACAUACUGCAUCUACAGUUUCGUUAUAGAUGACUGUAAAUCAUUGUAUAAAGAAGGGCUUUACAACAACGAAAAAAAAAUAUAAGCCGAUAUACAUAUGUAUGAAUGCGAAACCAAAAAAUGAAUUGAGAUCGAC